GCGGCUCAUGAUGGUUGUGGGACUACACCCUCACACUAACUGACAAACCCCCCUCUGCUAGCCAUCUGUGAUAGGGGCAGGAAAUGUACCAGUCGGGCUCAAAUACAGCGUUCGCGUGGAGCCAGCUCCCUCCCUGGUGAACCUGCGUUCGUGUGGACAAUCCAGGCGAGACCGGAGACAUUCGAGUAAUCACUCCGGACCGGCCUCUUCUUCAUACUGAUUCGUAUACCUCACCUAUCACGAUUGAUGUGUUUGAGCACGCCACAGGAGGACUUGUCCGUCGUGAGUGGGAAUGGAUGCACUGGCAGUUGGAUUACCCUCUACGAGCGCGGAAUACAGCCAAGCUCUAUGAGCAAUUUGCUAUGGGUACCAAUGGGAGCUAUCCGGACUUCGAGUAUGCUGUCAAGAGGUAUAAGGAGACUGACAAAGUGCUGGAACCAUUUUUGAAGUCGUUCAAUUAGCUAGUGACUCAUUUACACCCAAAACCCAUUGCGCCUAUAGAUGCGCAGCAUUCACGAUCGACUAGAGUCGUCGCGAGCUCAAUAGUGUGAGCAUUUCAUCCCCUCACAGACGCGCGAUAUUUGCUCUCGGCCGACUCUACCUAAACUUCUUGGCCAAUGUAUUCCAUCAGAGCACAGUCGGACGCGAGGCCGCAGGUAAGGCCGCAGGUGAGCCUUCGCCGUUUGAAAGAAGCGCAGUGCAUUUGCUGAUCUCCGACUCAUUGUAUGUCGGCCUUGACGGCCGUUUCCUCUGU